AUGACAUCAACGUCGCCUAUACUCGUAGCGACUUGCUCGACAUCACCCAUUCAAUCACCUCGAUCAUCAGUAUCCUCCCUCAAUAACAGAUCCGGACCACCUUUGACUCCAGUAUACGAAUUAGAUAAGAUGACUUCGGAUUUGGUGAUUAGUGCAGAUGAAGUGAAUGAAUCUCACGCGGAUGAUGUAGAACCAAUAAAAGCUAGAAAUAUAGAUGUCAAAUCCGCUCGCAGGAAUUUACCAGGUUUAACCGUACCCCCGCCCACUUUCAACCCAUUUUCAUUUGGAACCUCUUCACCGUCCGCUUCAUCUUCUUCAUCAAUAGGUAGAACGCCAAGUCCCUUGUCUUCAACAGACGAUGUUGCGCUCCCUUCCGAAGAAUUCAAAUUCGGUAGUUGUCCAUCCACAUCAUUCCUUGGCACCCCCACAGCCGAACAAGGUCCUUUCGAAUAUCCUUCCUCGUCGUCCACAAGUCCACCAAGAAGAGGUUCAAUAUCCCCCACCGCAUCAAGAAGAGAAAGUUUAGCUUUAGGAAUGACGCAUCGUAGAGGAUCAAUCAUACCUAGUCAUCCACAUUUAGGGAUCUCACCACCAGCCACACGGCGUAGCUCCACUUGGUCAACGAUAACAACUCUUCCCGCUGCAGGGCGCCGUCCUUCGAUCAUCCAUUCAGCAACAGUCGAGGUGAACCUUCCACAAGCGGAACCCACUUCACCACCUCCUCAUCAACUUCCUCUUUCCGCUACCGCCAGUCGACGUCAAUCCGUUUUAAUGUUCCCAGCCAAACCCCUUCCUGCACCCAUACCACCAUCCCUCCUUGCUCGACGAGGCUCGUUACCCGCAGCACAGCUUUUCGGUGUUCCCUUAUCGGACCAGCCAAACAGGAUGAGGGCAAGUUAUUCGUCCGGAUCCGCUUCUGGUUCAGCCACAAUAUCUACUGCUCAAUUGUAUCUUCGAAGGCAAAGUGUAGUGUCAGAAAGUGGAUUUUCAAAUAGCUCGGGCGCGACUGUGAUGGAUGCUGGAGAAGGUGGAGUCAGCAGAAGACCCUCAAUGAGACCUAGAACGCCUUCAGCAGAUUUCACUUUCCCUUCAUCAAGAAGAGGUUCAGUAUCUUUCUUUCCACCUAUACCGACCACAACAAAUCAAAGUCAGACCCCAACUAGAUCCGGAUCAUUGUCAUCAAGAAGUAGUGUCGCUUCAACCUCAUCACAUAGAAGCAGUGGCUCGUCGAGACAACCAAUUCACUUCUCACCCCGUCAUCCUUCCUUCUCGGCUACUUAUGCUUAUCCUUCACGACAGAGCUCAAUCACAUCUGUGACCUCUUCUAUUCCAGCUUCACCUAAAAUAGAACUCUUGUCGAAGAGGACGAGGGGUCCUACUAACGGAUCAACUUUCAGUACUACUUCGUUGAGUAGCUCAGAGGAAGAGGAUCAUGAAGAGGACCUGCCCUCCCCGAAUCAACAUGCGUUAGAAGGGCAAUUGCCCUCGGCUAUGACUUUCGUUGAUCCUUGGUCAGUCACAUCGUCGAAGCCAAUAGCGACUAGUCCAGUACAAGCAACCUCAGGCGAAGUAGCCAAAAGUCAUGUACCACUUGAGACUCCACCAUUAGACACUGUGUAUGAAAGACCGCCCUUGGAAAGUAUGGACAGUGGCGCGACUGAGAGAGCGUAG